CCCCUGUCCAGAGCCUUCUCUGGGGGGCUGGGGGGCGGGCUGAGGGCGCCCUGGACAGCGGUGGCCACUCUGGGGACAGUCCUGGGUGUGGGCAGAGGCCUGGCACCAUGAGGCCAACCUGGGGGGCCGCCCUGUGGGGAGCGCUGCUGUUGGCGUGGGGGCUGCGGGCCACCAGGAAGGGACCCCCCGAAGACGGAACCUUCUACUACGGAAGCUUCCCUCAGGGCUUCUCGUGGGGCGUGGGCAGCUCUGCCUUCCAGACCGAAGGUGCCUGGGAACAGGACAGCAAGGGGCCCAGCGUGUGGGACACCUUCACCCUCAGCGGACGGGGCCGGGCCCCUGGGGACACGGCUGAGGUGGCCUGUGACAGCUACCACAGGGUGCAGGAGGACGUCGCCCUGCUGAGGGAGCUGGGGGUCACCCACUACCGCUUCUCACUGUCCUGGCCGCGCCUCCUGCCCACGGGUGUCCGAGCUGACGGUCUGAACCAGAAGGGGCUGCGUUUCUAUAGCGACCUCAUCGACGCCCUCCUGCAGAGCAACAUCACCCCCGUGGUCACCCUGCACCACUGGGACCUGCCCCAGCCACUGCAGGCCCGCUGGGGUGGCUGGCAGAACGCCAGCAUGGCCGCCCUGUUCCGUGACUACGCCGACCUGUGCUUCCAGGCCUUCGGGGACCGCGUGCGGCUCUGGCUGACCUUUGCGGACCCUCGGACCAUGGUGGAGGAGGGCUAUGAGACGGGCCGCCACCCGCCGGGCCUGCAACUCCAAGGGACAGGCCUGUACGUGGCCGCACACCACAUCAUCAAGGCCCACACCCUUGCCUGGCACAGCUACAACAGCACCUGGCGUGGCCGACAGCGAGGCCUGGUGGGCAUCUCCCUCAGCUGCAGCUGGGCAGAGCCGCUGGAUGCGGGCGACCCCGAGGACCUGGAGGCAGCGGAGCGCUUCCUACACUUCUGCCUGGGCUGGUUUGCGGGCCCCAUCUUCACGGGGGACUACCCCCAGGCCAUGAAGCAGAACAUCGGCAGGAAGAGCGUGGAGCAGGGCCUGGAGCGGUCGCGGCUGCCUGCCUUCUCCCGCCAGGAGCAGGGCCUCAUCAGGGGCACGGCGGACUUCCUGGGGCUCGGCCACUUCACCACGCGCUACGUGGCGGCCAGGAGUUGGCCUGCGGGCCAGGGGCCCAGCUACCGUGACGACCAGGGCCUGCAGGAGCUGGCGGACCCCCGCUGGCCGGCCGCGGGCUAUCCCUGGGGGAUCAGGAGGCUCCUGCACUUCGCCCAGACCCAGUACGGGGAUCCCCCUAUCUACGUGUCGGAGAACGGGGUGCCCCAGCGGACGGCCUGUGCGCAGCUGUGUGACGAGUGGAGGGUCCGUUACCUCCGGGGCUACGUCAAUGAAGUGCUGAAAGCCAUCAAGGACGGCGUGAGGGUGCGGGGCUACACCUGCUGGUCGCUGCUGGACCAGUUCGAGUGGGACAGGGGCUACGCCGAGAGGUACGGCUUCUACUUCGUGGACUUCGCCAGCACGGUGCGGCCGCGCUACCCCAAGGCCUCGGCCCACUUCUACAAGAGGAUGGUCCAGGCCAACGGCUUCCCCAGCGCCCAGGAGGUGGGAAGGUGGCAUCUCCAGGCCCUGGAGUCCUGCUCCAUCAACAGCCAGAUGCUGGCGGCAGAGCCCCUGCGGAGCCACAUGCAGAUGGUGACGGAGAUUGUGGUGCCCACGGUCGGCACGCUGUGCGUGCUCCUCGCCGCGGUGCUCCUCGCGGUCCUCCUGCGGAGACGGUGCUGAGCAGCACGCUGGGGUGCA